AUGGCCGUUCAAAAGGAAGUGAACCUCAACCAACCGUUGGACAGUUCGAAGGAAUCGACCUUGAGUAAAUCUCCAUUAACACCAGAACUUGCUCAGGGUGCAUUAACACUUCAUGGAGAUCGUUAUAAUCAACUUCAAGUUGGCUUGAACAGACUUCUUUUCUGGCAUCCAUUGCUGGUGGCAGUGUUGUUGUUUCCUAUCGGAUUAUACUUUGCAUAUCAAGCAUAUGAAUAUGUUUAUAUAGUGGAAUCAGUGUUUGAAUUUGUUGAAUUAUUCUUUACCAAAGAGAACCUUAGAGAUCACUUGGUGUUUCUUAUGCCACUCCUUUUGCUCACGGUAAUGUUUUUAACUGUAUUCAGCUUCUAUCUUUCCGAUGAAUUGAAGACUAUCUCCGAGAAGUUCAAAACGUCUGUUUAUAUGAAUGAAUUGUUUGGGUUUGAUUUGCGUAAGUUUGCCAAAUUAGACACUAGUGAUGUAGCUACGAUUAGUCCAAAGGAAAGACAACAGUUGAAAUACGGUGAUAACACGCAAGUUAUAAUCUAUAGAGAUUCUCCCAUUGCCAUAGCUACUGUUGUUCCCAUCACCGAAAAAUCAUCAGCCACCGAUUUCUAUGUGGAAAUUACGGGCUUACAUGUCCGGAAAGUGUUUGCCAAAGUUGAUUUCGAAACAUUAUUAAUCGACUGGUGUCUUUUACGGUCCAGACAACUAUAUUCUGAAUUCACCAAUAAUAAGGAGAAUGUCAGUGGAUGUAAGAUCCAUGUAUUAACCAAUUGCUAUAAUUUUGAAAAGAACUACAUCUCCAAAUUGAAGGCUCUUAAGUUUGAGUUGAUUGCAAAGAGCAAUGAAUUGAAUCCUUAUGAAAGAAUCGAGUCCAAGAAACAAGGCUGGAUAACUAACUUUUUCUAUUCCAUAUUUGGCAUCGAAAGACACGUGUAUGGGUUAUCAAUUUUCACUGCAAAUGCCAGUGAAGAUAGGUUGUUGAACAAAGCCAAUGAGUUCUCAAGAAAGACCAUCAAAAAGAGAAAGUAA